AUGAGGGGGUGGAAGCUAUGGGUGACCAUAUUCGCACUUUUCCUAGGCCUACUCUUAUCUACACUUGAGACCACGAUAGUAUCAACAGCCUUGAUUACCAUCGCAUCUGACUUAGGGGGUUAUGACAAGUCGAACUGGAUAAUUGUCGCUUAUCUUCUCACAUAUACCGGCUUUCUUAUAGUAUACUCCCGAUGCAGUGACAUAUUUGGUCGCAAAUCCAGCUUCAUAACGGCGUUGGCCAUAUUCACGGCAUUUUCCAUUGCCUGUGGAGUGUCACGGACUAUGGAGCAACUGAUCAUCUUCCGCGCAUUCCAAGGGAUUGGUGGGGCGGGAAUUUACAGCAUGGUCAUGGCCGUCAUGGCUGAGGUGACGCCUGUUGAGAGUAUUGGUCCAGUUACUGGGCUGAUGAGCACUAUCUUUGCUCUCUCCAGUAUUUUGGGUCCUGUGCUCGGUGGUGCCAUUACCACAAACGCAUCAUGGCGAUGGGUAUUCUACUUGAACAUUCCCGGUGGCGGUCUGGCAUUAGCGAUUGUGAUCUGGUUUUUCCCUCGAAACGACGGACGGCUUCCCAUCAAUCGCCUAAGUUUUAAUCGCAUAGACUGGCCUGGGAUCUUGCUGUCGCUGAUCGGGUCUGUAUUUCUUCUUCUCGCGCUCGAAGAAGGUGGCAGUGCCUUUUCUUGGGAUGGCUCUCUCAUCGUUGUGUCGUUUAUCGUAACUGGAGCUGCCUGGAUUGCUUUCAUAGCUUGGGAGAUAUACGUCGCAAUGGUUUACAGCCGGAGAACAUCCUCCUUUGCUAGCAAAAUGAUGCCCGUAUUUCCGAUAUGGCUGAUACGACGUCGCAUAGUCUGCGCGUCGUUGAUAGCCGCCUUCCUCGCCGGAUUUCCGUUUAUGGUACUCAUAGUCUACCUUCCCGAACGAUUUGAGAUCCAGGACGGGCUCAGCCCAGUCGCGUCCGGCAUUCGAAUGCUGCCACUACUCCUUCUUUCGGCGUUGGGAGCGGGGGCGGGAGGUGUGAUCAACAGCCGCAAAAACAUCUCCUUCUACACACUUAUGGUUGGGUUGUCGCUGCAACUGAUUGGGCUCGGAUGCAUGACCACCCUUCCAACAACGGGAACCAUUAUUGAUGCGCAGUACGGAUACCAGGUCCUACUCGGGCUCGGCUUUGGAACAACCUUGACCAGUCUGGUCGUGAUAUCUCGCCUGGAAGUAGAUGCCCCAGACCUAGCUAUAACCAUGGGUGCCGUGACCCAGGUGCGUGUUCUUGGAGGCACAAUUGGCAUCUCAAUUGGCCAGGUUCUCAUUACCCAUUUCGUCGACCGGGACUUGUCCGAUGUUCUUUCCACAGAUGAGAUGGCCGCACUUAAAGCGAGCGUUUCGAGCUCACGUAACUUUCCCGCUUCCAAGCAAAACGCGGUAAGUGAGGUCUAUGGCCGAGCGUUCAAUGCGCAAAUCAAGGUGGUCUUGUACAUUACUGCCGCCUGUUGGGUGCUUGGGCUUGGGACAUUCAAGAAAAAUCCCGUGAACUUCCGAGACGCGGGCAGGAUAGAGCCAUGUGGGAGUGGUGAUCAAGAGCAGGACCAGGGGUAG